ACGCGACCGGAUGUGGAAGGUCCACCGAUGGAUUGUGGGAAGUCAAACUGCAAGUGUCCUUGUGCUGUGACGUUACCUCAACCUCGUCGUGUGACUUCACUGAAGUUUGCCAAAAUGUAUAGACAACUUAUGGGACUUCGGCAGCUCUCUAGGCGGACCAUCUCCAGCAGUGCCCGCAGACAGAUUGAUAACACUGUGAAAGAAAAACAAAAAGUGUUUCAGGAGGACAAUGGUAUACCUAUCCAUCUGAAGGGUGGGACAAAGGACGCUCUGCUCUUCAGAGCCACAAUGACUCUCACUGUGUUUGGAGCUGGAUAUGUUGUGUAUGAGCUGUUCACUGCUGCAAUGCCAAAGAAGGCAUAGUGAAACAGCUACAACAAGCUGUGUUUUACAGUGUGAUGAAACAAUCAUGCAUGGGCUUUUUAUGUAUUACAUAAAGUCAUGUCCAGAAAAGGAAUCAUCUGUGUUGUCAAUAAUAUCAAUAUUUUUAAAUGUACAAAAGAAAUGAUUAUUUAUUGAGAUUGCCAAAAUAAAAAUGUACAACUCUA